AGAGAGAGAGACCUGAAAAGCAGACUGGCAAAAUAGUUCAACACAGACAUCCAGACACGUUGACAGGUAGACAGACAGACAGACUGACACACCAACAGACUGAUCUUGCAUUUAAUCACCAUCACACUCUCAUAAUCAUCAUCAUCCCGCUUUUCCCACAAUAUUCACGUAAAACAUUGAACAUUUAACAAUUCAACCUCCCACCAACGUUAUUUUUCCUUCCCUGACUGUGAGAUGAAGCUUCGGAUCUAAUGAACCAGCGUAACCAGAGCGAGUUUCAGAGUGGUCGAACACGCCACUCGAGCAGCUUGUUGAUUCGCCGCCUCUUGGAAACGGAAAAGUGAAGCGGGUUUCAAAGGACACUGAAGUGGCUCAAAGACGCAACACGUUAAGUCCUUCCUUUACACUUCAUGCCAGACUUUUGCUUGAAUACUGCACUGGUGGCGGUGUUUCUGUUGGUACUGUUGGUGCUGGUACUGCUGCUGCUGCUGCUGCUUCUCGAUGGACCAUGGCUAUUGCAGAUGACACUGAUUCCAUUUUACCCGCGCUCUCCUUCAUCCUGCGAGGUACAGAGGCCGCGAGACACAUCACCCCAAGGUAGUUCCCACGGCACACCUUCCUUGCACUAUUCUGAAGCCUUCGCACCUGCCGUCUUGUGGGACGGGCCCUCCUCCCCCCCCCCAAGACCUGGACAUCAGCCCUCCCGGAGUCAGUACCGCAUCUGCGCUCGUAGUGGAGGGACGUUCGUCGCUGGCUCCCGUGAACACCUGGCUCUCUCGCUCCUCACCUUCCCUGACGUUCGCAGCGGUUCUGUCGCAAAGCCCAGCCACUGUUGUUGUUUUUCCCAGGGAUUUCAAGUGCGAACAUCAUUCCUGGAUACCUGUUGAUGUGGAUUAAUGAGCAGAUCAGGUGCAAAUAGGUGAUGCUUAAUUGUUCGAUGAGAUUGGUAGAGGAAACGAGAGAAAACUAACCACUCGACUCUUCACUGGAACGUUUAAGUUUGUUGUUGGUACUAAGGACUGCAUGAUUGAAACUUGAUGUCCGUGGGUGAAAUGUUGAAACGAAGGUGAUGAUCAUGUCCGUGCCGUGCGUGUCCGUGGCGUGACGAUGGACUUAGUGACACCCGAGGGACGCAUUGAACUGCUCUCCAUGUGUGUUUGUGCGUGUUUGAGGUGGUGACCCGUGCCCGCAGGCCUCCCGAAGAUGACGCUAAGGAUACCGUCGCCAGCACCGCCUCUGUCAUGGGGCCUCUCCUCCUCCUCCUCGCCGCCCCUCCUGCUGCUGCUCCUGCUCCUCUCACAGCUGCCUCUUGGCUGGUCCCUCCCGCAGACGUUCCGCGUGACGCCCCAGAACGUGGAGGUGGUGGCGGGAAGUGACGUCACCCUGCAUUGCGAAGUGGAGAACCAGCAAGGCAACGCGCAGUGGACGAAGAGUGGAUUCGCUUUGGGAUUCAAUCGCAGCAUCCCUGGAUUCCCUCGCUACACGGUGCUUGGGGAUGAGGCCGCCAGCAUCCACAACCUCCACAUCACUAACGUCGAGAUGUCAGAUGAUGGGGAAUUCCAGUGCCAAGUUACACCUUUUGGUAAUGCGCGGGCAAUCCGUCACGCAGCCAACCUCACCGUCCUUUUGCCUCCUACGAGCGUGGAGAUCGUGGGCCACACUCCAGACGCCCUUAUCACCGUGAAGGCUGGCGACUCCCUCACUCUAGAAUGCCUCAUAAGAGAUUCCAAGCCUGUUUCCAGAGUCACGUGGUACAGGGGACAGGAGCCACUGAGACUGGGUAAGCACAAGAUGGUGAAGGUGGAACACAACCUUCUCUUUCUCCCUCUCUCUCCCUCUCUCUCUCAGAUUCCCCAGGACGACAAGAAGGAGACAUCACCCACGGAUUCCCAUCUCUCAUCUCUACGUUCAAAGAUUACAUUCACGCCCACUCACAGUGACAACGGCCUGGAUUACAGCUGCCACGCCCUCCACCCCGCCCUCACCCACUCUUCCGAGCAGCUCACCGCCAGAGUCACCCUCGACGUCCAAUAUCCUCCCGGCGCGCCAGAGAUCACGGGGUACACUGAAGGGGAGACGGUGAGCGCGGAGACCCGGAAAACCCUCACCUGCCGAUCGCGAGGAGGCAACCCGCUCCCUGAGGUGUUCUGGUUCAAGAAUGGUGUACAGAUCGACAAGAAUUUCAUCAAACAUCGGAAGUACGCGGUGAACGAAUACGAGUUUGAGGUGCAGGCGUCCGACAACUUGGCAAAAUAUGAGUGUCAAGUGUCCAACGUGAUGACUAGUGAGCCUAAGAUAGCGGAAAUUCAGCUGAGUGUGCAUUUCCCUCCUUCUGAAGUCGCCAUCAACGGCCCGACGGAAGCCAAGGUCGGGGACAUCAUAUCCAUCAGCUGCAUCGCGGAGAACUCAAACCCUCCAUCAGAUGUAACCCUCGUGAUCAGCGGACAGACGCCUCCCGGAGCCACCUCGAGGACUUACAAGGUGGAACACGGCGGCUGGAACACAGUGACCAACCUGACGAGCUAUGAGGUCAGAUCAAUAGGCUCAGACCUCACUGUCAACUGCUACGCUCUCAAUCAAGCUCUCGGCUCCACCAAGAUCAUUACUCAAGUCGUCAGGGUGUUGCCUCGCUCUCGCUCUGAAUGUGUGCGUGUGUGCGUUAUAUUUUUUUCCUUUCUGGUUCUUUUCUUUGUUUUUGUUUAUUUUUUUUUCCUCACUUUGUUUUGCCCAUGUUUCAAGAGAAAAAAAAACUCUUUCUCUCGCCCUCGUCUAACACACUCUCUCUCUCUCCCUUUCUCUCCUACAGGACCCCCAGACUCCCCAGUAAUCAUGGGAUACGAACCGGGGACGCUGCUGAAGAAGGGGACAUCCAAACGGUUCUCCUGCAUCAGCACAGGAGGCAACCCACUGGCCACGCUCACCUGGUUCAAGGGCGCGCAGGAACUCCCGUCUGUCACGCGGCACGAGGCAGGCAACGCCAUCGCGGACCUGGACAUCGUGGUGAGCGAGUCGGACAACAAUGCCGAGUACCGCUGUGAGGCAACAAACUCCGCCACUGAGGAACCGCUGUCCAACUCCACCAGCCUCAGUGUCACGUUUCCUCCCGCUGCUGUGAAGGUGUCAUCGGACCCCAGAGAAGUGACUGCCAACACUGAAACGACGCUGGUUUGUGAAUCUGCCUCCAGUAACCCAAAGGCGAAUGUUACCUGGUGGAGAGAUGGCUUCGAAGUGGGUCCAGGGAGACUCGAGCGUGAAUCCAGGGCGUUUGGAGGCUUCACUACCACGUACAGUGUCAAGGUGAACGUGACAGCGGAAGACAAUGGUGCCGUGUUUACCUGCCAGGCGGAUAACCAGUUUGGCACCACGACUCACGACGCCAUCACUCUCUCAGUCUUGUACCCGCCGACUUGGGUAAAGAAACCAGAGAAGGAGAUUUCAGUGAAGGAAGGCAGUAGUAUAGAGGUAAACGUCAGUGCUCAAGGGAACCCCGAUGCAGUCACGUACAUUUGGCGCCGUGGAGAGGAAGUGGUGAAGGCAGAUUCCUUCCUCAACAUCUCCAGCGUGACGAGAGACCAAACUGGGACUUACACUGUGGAGGCAACGAACUCGCAGGGCACCGCAGCAGCGAACCUCACCCUUAAUAUUAAAUAUGGCGCCCCGAUCAGUUCCAUCUCAGGGGGCAAGAACCUCAGUGUGGGGGAUACAGUAACCUUAGUCUGCCAGGUGGAUGCAAACCCGGACCCUGACAUCAACUGGGUGCGAGAAGGAUAUGAUUUCGGGAGGACGGAGCACAAGAAACACGUGUCCCAGAACGUGGUGGAGAUGACCCUGCGUAACGUGACGGUGGAGGACACGGGGGUUUUUAUCUGCAGCGCCAAGAACGAGAUCGGUGAGGCGGCGACAGCAAGCACAGCGGUCAUUGUAAAACAUAAACCAAUCAUCGACAAAUCCGCCAAGUACCAGAAGGCGGCUGCUGAGGCGGGGAAGGAAGCGCGCCUUGCCUGCAGAGCGUCCGGUGCGCCCUUCGUCCACUUCACUUGGUACACUCGAGAGAACACGCCUAUUGAGCCCGCCAUUUACUCCCGCUUCGAUGACAGAUACAGCGUUGAGACUUCCCAGCUGGUAGACGGCCUGGUGACGUAUGAGAGUGUUCUGCUUAUUAAAAACGUGACGAACAAGGACUACGGGUUCUUUGAGUGUCUGGCCCAUAAUACCCUCGGCUCCUCCCGCACCGCUAUACACCUGGACAUCACGAGCCGCCCAGACACGCCUCUAGAUUUGAAGGUGCUAAAUUUCACCCACAACUCUGUCGAACUCGCGUGGACUCCAAGCUUUGACGGUGGCCUGCCGCAGAAGUACAGGGUUCGAUACCACGUGACCGGCACCGCUAGAUACCAGUACACGGACGUCUAUCCCGAGAACGUCACCACCUUUAUAGUGACUACCCUGCGUUUGGGCACCACUUACUCCUUCAGCGUCCUCGCCUACAACACAAAGGGCGACUCAGAGUACACGGAGCAGGAUGUCCAGGCCACCACCUCCAGCACGGCCCCGCCCACAGACACGCCCCCAACGCAGGCUCCGAGCGCCCGCAUCUCUGGUCUCAUCAUCAUCAUCGUCACGCUGGUGGGGGCGGCUCUGCUUGUCCUCAACGUGGCUCUUGUCGCGUGUUUCAUCAAGAGACGCGCGCGAAAGAGACUCACAGCCUCAUCUGAUAAGGGAUCAAGCAAGAGCACCACUAUAGAAAUGUAUGCCCCGUCCUCCUACACUGGCACUGUGACGGGGGAAACGCUGUCCUCGAUCUCAGAGAAGUCCCGGGAAAGUUACACACACGAGGACUCUGCGGACGAGUAUGAGGCGGAGGCAGCUCGGGUCACCGCCACCAGCACUUAUCUAAUCGAGCAGCUUGAACCGCCCCCACAGUACGCCAGCCGCCCCCCGCCCCACAUCCUGCCCCCGCCCCCCUCACACAACGACCUCAACAUGGACGACGCCUACGACGAUGUCCGCAGAAAUCAGUACAAUGCUGCGCUGGACCGAGCGACGGCGGCGGGGACGGGCGGCUACGGCACGCUGGGGCGCCGCACCACCACGCCCGACCACUACAACAUCCCUGCCACGGACCCCCACUAUCCCCUCCCCACCCGCUACAACACCUACCAGCCGCCCACCCACGCCCCGCUCACCGCCCACACCCACUCCCUCACGCAGAACAACGGCUCCCUGCGGAGGAACGCGCCCUCCAAGCUCCACUUCCCGAAGGAUUACAUCCGGAACGGGUCGAUGAACAUCCCGGUGUCCUCCACGUCGUCUCCUGCCGGGGGCGUGGCGGGUCAGUACCCACCGCAGUCGCCCACCCGCACCCACCCGCCGCCGCAGCCACCCAUGCUCUCCACCUUUGCUCCCGAUGCUGUCCAGUCCCCCGCGGGGGGCGGCGUCCCCCUGGAGCACCGGGGGCACCUGGUGUGAGGCGGGGCGGGUAAAGACUAAAAAAUUAAGUUGGACAUAUACUGGAGGAGGGUGAAGGGGGCCCAGUGCCCACCAGGCGGCCCCGAUGGUGUGUCCAGCCGCGGUGACAGACAGGUGCCAGACUCCCGCCCCGACCCUCCCCCGGCCCCCUCCCAGGUACGAUGAACGCUACCUGUUGACGCCGCGGCAGCGCUUCGCGGCGGAGUGGCUCAGGCGGCGGCCUGCCGUCACGAGGGACCGUCCCUUGAAUUAACUUUUUUUUUCUGUGAUGGUGAGCGAAGCGUCGUGACGUGAAGGGAGCGCAGAUGUGGUGUUGGCACGCCUCGGCACCGGCACCUGGGGACACCGAGAGGCGCACGAGGCGUAUAAGUGUGGAGAGUCAGAGUGCUGAAGUGGAACAGGCAGCGGAAAAUCAAUUCAGGCGAUGUGUUUCAGUGUGAGUGUGGCGAUAAAGUGUGACACGCGACGCACGCCACUGAGAGAACCAGCAGCGAGAGGACUGCCAGGCGUCGGCGUGUCGGGCGAUGGAAGUGGCGGGAUAGUGGCGGCGGAGGCGGCGGCUGGGGAGGGAGGGAGGGAUCCACGCCAAUCAGAUUUGGUGUAUAUCCCCUGAUGGACCUAUCAAUGGAAGCCCCGGCCAGCGCCCCCCAGGUGAGAGCGGCGGUAUUCAGCCCUCCCUCCGCUGCUCCCUCGACGCCGGCAGUGAAAAUUCAGGGAGGAAGGAGGACGAGCAGGACGAGCAGCAGGAGAAGGCGGAACAGAAAAGGACUCGCUGUAUAGUGAGUAACGAUGCAACGAACCCCAGCCUCCCACCCCGCCACGAGGAGGGGAGGAGCAGGGGGAGGACACCGUACCUCCUGGAAUCCUCCCGUGAUCCUCAGUGUGUGUGUGUGUGUGUGUGUGUGUGUGUGUGUGUGUGUGUCCCAAGCCGCGUCCCUUCACGGCAUAUGUCCCAUGUCCCGAAACGCCUAGGAAACUAUAAAAAGCACAUAUCAGGAACUUUGCUUAAUCCCCUGCAGGACGUGGCAGCAAGAGGCGGUAUGAGACAGACAGACAGACAGAGACAACAUUGUACAAUUCAUCCUGUUUUUUUUCCUUUUUUUUUUCAUUCACCUAUUCCUGACACACGCCAGUGCUCAAAAAUGUGAUGUAAGAUAAAUGUAUUCCUUAGAAAAAUAUUUCCCCUGUUCACUCGACUUUCACACCCGGGGAAGGCCAGCCACUCACGACCUCUGAGUGUUGCGUCAUGUCCUCCACUCAAGGGCGAGGACCUUCCAUUUACGGCCCCGUGUCCAUCUCCUCACCCGCUAACGCACUACACGCAGCAGCGGCCGCGUCAGGAGCCCCAGCCACGAGGGACGCGCCGCGGCCGUGUACGCCUCCAGAGCUGCUGUGUACGUGUUGACAUGUACGUACGUGUUAUAUACCAGCUGUGUUAUCAUCGUGGGUUUAGUCAACAUUUUGUGUAUAUGAGUGUCCCGGCCUGUGGGUGUGUAAGGCUGAGUGUCGCUGCUUCGUGACGGUGCAGAGAGAGAGAGAGAGAGAGAGAGAGAGAGAUGAUGAUGCCUGUUGCUGCUUCUGUGUGUGUGUGUGUGUGAAGGAAGAGACCGAAGCAGUGUCGGAUGCUCGAACAAGACAGCUGGAAGUGCCUUGCGAGGGCCCCGAAGCCUCAGUCCAGCGUGGAGGACCCGCGGGCUGGCGACGCCCUGCAGCUCCUUCAGUUUUGGGGCAGGAAGGCGGAGCGGGAAGAGUCAGAGGGGCCGAGAGGACGCCAGGGAUCGCCGCUCACCCUCCCGCAGCACCCGCCGAGGGAAUGACGAGUGUCUACCCAGCGCCCGUCCACGGACCCUCGGCAGGAGUUACGGACUUCCAAACCGCCGUACAAGGAGUAAGAGGAGAAGGACAAGAAGAGGAGAAGGAGGAGAAGGAAGAGAAGGCGUGUUUUCUUCCAUUCCCUCCAACUUGCCGCAGAAGGACUCAGUAGUGGCCGCGGAGGUGGGAUGAAUGCACGUGGCAGGUGACAAGAGCGUUCUGUGACCUGGAGGAGGCGAUGAAGGUAGUGAAGGGCAGCGAGGAACAUUACCAACCUUGGACACCGCUGGAAACUUUGACUAACCGAACAAAGGAGCAGCAGCCACGCUUGACACGUUUACUAAUAACCUCCUGGCGCCGACUGUCAUUGGAGGGCGAGAGACAUGCUAUAAGUGACAUAUUAACAAGAUAUCUGUAAUUUGUCAAAGUAGCCGUGAUUCAGUCCAGCUCUGCCUCUCUGAACUAAGUCAAUCCUUCUACAGUGCACUUGAUGGCCCUAAUCCUGUGUUAUGGUAACUCUACAUUAAUUACUAUAGAUUGGCAUGUGUUCAUCCUUCCCUCCAAAUAUGUAACAAUUAUGACCUUGAAAUAACUUGAUUGAACUAGUAAAAUACUUAUCCAGUAGCUACUGUUGCAGUACACCUGAACAUCUGAAAAGACAUUGUACAUAGUGAAACAUGAUUAAUUUCUACCUGGUGCCUCCAUCCCAGAACCUAUUUAAGAUGUAACAUUCAGCUGCCCAGAAGUUUUUAUUUUAGGUAGAGCAUCAAGUGUGGAGAAGAGAGGAACAUGGAGAGGAAGAUGCUGAAGAUUAAGUACUGAGCAGGAGGAAGAGGAGGAGGAUCAAAGAGGUUUAUGGAUGGAUGAGGUGAUAAGUGUAAAAGAAAAAGGCAGGAAGAUGCACACAGGUGAUCUAAAGUGACAACCUUUAAUGGGAGCUGCCAAAAAGAUUUAAUAAUACAAUAUGUUCUUGGGGUCACAACAAAAGAGAAAACUGUGGAAUAUUUACCUAGUAUCUGUUAGAGAGCAUUAAAGGUGAUGUAUUAAUCCUUAUUAACAUGAGUAAUAAAACACUAAUAUCUAUUUCAGGGAAGGUGUUUGAAGACUUGCCCCAGGUCAUGAAGUGGAGCUUAACCAGGUUAAGGGCAAGAAGCACCUCACCCCACUUGGAGCUCAAAGUAAUGGUAAACCAAAGGAGGAAUUAAGGUGGCAUUGGACAUCCAGUAGGAGGUAGUGGAUAUGCUGUUAGGAAUAUGAUGCUACAAAUACAUACAGUAUUUAAAUACAGAAAGAAUACUCUACAAGUAAAUGAGGCUGGAAGUAAGAAGUGAAGCUUUAAAAUGUAACCUUUAUCACAAUCAGCAGAACCUAUCCUUAAAAAAUAGUAAGGGCAUGCAGUUGGGGCCUGAGAGCGAAUUUGUUUAAGACAAAGGUAUGAUUUUGAGGCUUGAGGAGUUAUUGGUCUUCAUAUGUGUAGCAUCUAAAGAAGGUGGGAGAGAUGAAAGACAAAGAACUAAUUGAAUGGAGUGUCUUUUCAAAGUAUAAAGGAAUUUUCUUGGUUAAGGUAAUUAGGAUGGGAGGCAAUAGAAUGCUACUGAGUGACAACAAUUAGUAGACUCUCUCUCUCUCUCUCUCUCUCUCUCUCUCUCUCUCUCUCUCUCUCUCUCUCUCUCUCUCUCUCUCUC